AAAAACAGAGCUUUAUCCCCUCUGAGCCACAGAGCAGCACACCUCCAUCAGCCACCAACGAGCUGCAGGUAGAAGAACGUGAAAGCUGUCGACAUGAAGUUGGGGUUGCUCGUGGUUCUGGUCGUGGCGGUUCUGGUGCCAGGUCGGUCCGAGGGCCGGACCGUCUCCAGAUGUGAGCUGAGAGAAAAGCUCGGGGAAGCCAUCGUCCUGCCGCGGAAACUCCAAAGCACCAAGGACAGAAUCCUUGCAAUAGUUAUCUGUGAGGCCGAAAUAAGGUCAGGUCUGGACACCGGCCUGGUCCAGGUGGACGACAAGCCCAGGACGACAACCGCCGAUCCUUUGGCCAUCGAGUCACCGACCGACGGAUCACUGACCGACAUCUCUGGCAACGUCGGACGAAAGCGCAGGGACGUCACGACCAGCGAGGAGUCCGACUCAGGCGAGAAGACGGAGAUGGCGAUCUGUGAUCGGGACGCAGAGGACGAGGUGGCGGAGGAGGAGACAAGUGACGAAGAGGAAGAGGACGAGGAGAAAGAGAUCCGUGAUCAGGACGCAGAGGACGAGGUGACGCAGGAGGAGACAAGUGACGAAGAGGAAGAGGACGAGGAGAAAGAGAUCCGUGAUCAGGACGCAGAGGACGAGGUGACGCAGGAGGAGACAAGUGACGAAGAGGAAGAGGACGAGGAGAAAGAGAUCCGUGAUCGGGACGCAGAGGACGAGGUGACGCAGGAGGAGACAAGUGACGAAGAGGAAGAGGACGAGGAGAAAGAGAUCCGUGAUCGGGACGCAGAGGACGAGGUGACGCAGGAGGAGACAAGUGACGAAGAGGAAGAGGACGAGGAGAAAGAGAUCCGUGAUCAGGACGCAGAGGACGAGGUGACGCAGGAGGAGACAAGUGACGAAGAGGAAGAGGACGAGGAGAAAGAGAUCCGUGAUCGGGACGCAGAGGACGAGGUGACGCAGGAGGAGACAAGUGACGAAGAGGAAGAGGACGAGGAGAAAGAGAUCCGUGAUCAGGACGCAGAGGACGAGGUGACGCAGGAGGAGACAAGUGACGAAGAGGAAGAUGACGAGGAAGGUGAGAAUCGUGAGACGCGCAGUGUCCACCGGAGGGCCCACUUCGGGCUCUUCCAGCUGUCCGACAGGCUCUGCUCCCGGUGCAACACAACCUGCCGAGCGUUCAUUGACGAUGACAUCACCGACGACAUCGACUGCCUGGUGAGGACUCGGGCCUGGAGGAACUUCUUGAAGGAAAGCUCUCCCCAGUGUUCCAGUGUCACAAACUUCUUCAGCGAGUGUGAAUGAAGCGGCGACGUCGUUGAGACGCGCUUCACUUCUUUUCAUGGAGGAAUCUGAUGUUUCUUUAAGAGUCAUGAAUGAAUAUUUGUGCCAAAAGUUAAACUGUAUCUCAGGAAUUUCAGCAAGUUUUUGGAAAAAUAAAAAAUAUGAUUAUU